AUGCCCACCUUCCCGCACCCCUUCGCCACCUCCUCCUCCCCCUCCCACCUGCACACCCACACCCGCUCAACCUCCACCUCCCACUCGGGCUCGGGGACCCACACACCCAGCCGCUCCUCCGUCAUCUCCCACGCCAACUCCUCCUACUCGCGCGCCGACUCCACCCGGCCCAUCCUCGCUGACAUGCACCACGGCACCUCCUCGUCUCUCACGGAUAUCAACGGGCUCCUUGCGCCUACGCUCCCGUUUGCCUCUGCAGGGGGAGGGGGGGGAGGGGGGCUGAGUCCGUCCUCUGCGCGAGGAUCGAAGGAUAAUCUCUCCGUUGCGACGGGGAGCAAUCUUUCGCUGAGUGUGAAUUAUCUGCCGACGAAGUUUAGUGCGAGUAUUGUGUCGCCUGGUGGGACGCGCAAUCGGAAGGGUGGCAAGGGAGGAGGGGGGGGUGAGCAGAAUUUGAUGCCGAAGAGGGGUGGGGGGUUGGAGGCGUUUCGGAGUAAUGAGGCGCGGAUGCCGCAGGGGAAGGGGAGGUUGAGGUGGAACAAGUUCAAGUGGAUUUUGUUAGUCACAAACAGCAUGCUGGUGCUGUACUCCCUCGCGGCACUCGUAGUGUGCCUGUUGACAUGGUUCGACAUCUGGGAACACGCAGACAUCAUCCGCACAGGGAACCACCCCGAACUCGUCCUCUCAACACUCGCAUCAUGCAUCGGGCUCCUCACAUCCCUCAUAGGCUUCGCCGGCAUCCUCCUCAACAACCGCGGCUUCCUCGCGUGGUACACGUUCUUCACCUGGAUCACAUUCGCCCUGCUCGUUACUCCAGGGUAUAUGACGUAUAAGAAGAGGACGUUCAAUUUGGAGGGCAAGAUCAACGCGCAGUGGUCGAGGGCCCUCGGGCCGGAGGGCAGAGCGAGGAUCCAGAAUCAGCUCAAGUGCUGCGGCUACUUCUCCCCCUUCGUAGAAGCGACCAUAACACAAACGUGCUACGCGCGCUCCAUCCUCCCCGGGUGCAAGCUGCCCUACCUCGAUUUUGAGAGGUUCGUGCUGAAGAGGUGGUAUGCGGCGGCGUUUGUGCUGGUGCCGUUUCAGCUUGCGGUGAUGGUUGCCGGGCUGCUGUGUAGUAAUCAUGUGACGUAUCGGUUUGGGAAGGGGAUGAUGCCUGAGGCGUAUAGGUUGAAUAUGAGUACGAUGGCGGUGAUUAUGGAGAAUUAUGCCAAUCAACUAGCAGACCAAUACGGCGCGGACAUUGCAGAUGAAAUUCUCAAGAAAUCGCGGUUGGGCGCCGCUGCCGCUGCCGCGUCCAACAUCCAUUCCUCGGCGAACGCGGGGUAUGGUGCUGGUGCGGCGACGCCGAUGGACUCUUCGAGCUCCUUUGGAUUUUCAGGGAGUAAUAACGCAGGAGGAGGAGGAGGAGGGGGAGGGGGGGAGGAACAGGUCAGAACGCAUGCUGCGAUGUCGCCUAUAAUUCGAUUGGGGGGCGGGAUCGGGAUGCGUGAGGGUGUGGGUGAGGGGCAUCUUGGAGUGGGUGAGGGGGAGAGGGAGGGGCUUCUUGGAGUGCGCCUGGUGCGCGAAGGCGAGAGGGAUGGUGAGGGCGAUGAAGAGGCUCAGGGCAAGGGGGGUGAUGGGAACGCUGCGAGCGCGAGCGCGGGUGCGGGUGCGGGUGCUACGCCUGACAAGAGAGGAGGAAGCACUGGGGCGGGGGGAGGUGGUGGUGGUGGGAUUGGGAUUGGGAUUGGGUGGUGGGAUUUGUUGGAGGUUGGGCUGCGCUGGAGUGGGGGUGGAGGUGGAGGUGGUGCUGGGGGUGCUGUGAGUGGGAGUGGUGGAGGUGGGGGCGGUGCUUCUGGGGCGAAUGGAAAUGGGGGCGGGAGUGCUGGGAGUGCGAGUGCUAGUGCUGGUGCUAAUGGGACGGCGACGGGCGCGGGGGAUGUGCAGAUGACGAUGACUGGAGGACGACGAUGA